CAUAGAUGGAUGAGUAAUAAAGUAGACCCAGUCGCAACCUCGUCGUAGUCAUCAUAGCCUCCUCCCGCCCGCCUCCACCAGCAUCGGCCAUCGCUAUCAGGCACCACAACAGGCACAGGCACAGACAGGCACACUCACUUCCACUCCUCCUCAUAUCCAUCUCUUCGCACUGACAGGCUUGUCGCUCCCUCCUCUGUGUCUACCUCCUCUUGUCAUCAGCUGGCCGCCAAUUGUGUUUGUUUGACUUCGGAUGCUUGUUGGCUUGUCAAUUGCAAACAAGCGUAUUACUGCUCAUUCUCGUUGCUCGCCUACUACCGACCGUAGCGUGUUGAUAUUUCCCCGCUAUACACACCCUCCACCACCAAAGGCCGCACCAGCGCGAGCCGCCUUUCCAGCCACAUCACUAUUUGCUUUCGCUGCUCUGCCACCACUGCCCAUCACUUUAUCCUCUUCAGCUACUUCGCCUUGCGCCUCAGCCUUCAAGACGACGAAGCGACUUUUCCUCUUUCUCUCUCUCUCUCACUCUCUCUCUCCCCCCAGAGCCUUUCUUUCUCUCUCUUCCAUUCCUCCAGUCACAUCCCAACCUCUUCUGUCGUCUCGUCAAUUUGUGCUGCAGAACAGACCCGCUUCGCGACACUUGCGCCGCCUAAUUCAAAGCUGCCGACUCGAGAUUUGCAUUCGCCACACCUUCUGGCCCGACUUUUCUUUUCCCGUCGCAGCUGCAGCUUCAUGCGACUCGAUACCGGAGUCGCUACGAGGCUCUGAAGGGAGAACUGCGACCGUCGCAUACUAGUCUCACUGCUGGCCGCCGUCCUCCACACUGGCCUUGCGUAUUUUUUUAGAGCUAUUCCGGCUUGCUAGCGAAUGCUGCGAUCCGGACAUCUUAUCCGUAGCAACCAUCCAUUGAAGACGAGAAACCUUCC